UUUGACUGGCCUAAAUGAUUCCUAUGCUCAGAGUCGUAGUCAGAUUCUCUUAUGUCUCCUACACCCUCCAUUAACCAAGCCUAUUCCAUGGUGGUUUCAGAGGAAAGCCAGAGAUCUUUGGGCAAAGCAGUUCAAUCUGCUGAGGUGGGUGAAUGUAUUGCAUUCUACAGCUCUGGUAAUAGAGGCAAUUUUAAACAGGGAUCAAGCUCUAGUAAUACAUCCUCCAGAUCUAGAUAUCAUGGAGGAAGUUUCUCUAGUUCUGGUGAUAAUUCCACCUUUGGUGUUGGUAUGCCUAAUGGAUCAUCUUCCAACCUUAAGACUGCAAAAGGCAAUCAAGGUCUGUACUGUGAUUACUGUCAUCAUACAGGUCAUACCAGUGGUACUUGUUAUAGACUACAUAGUUACCCUGCUAACUUCAAGCACACUUUCAAGAAGAAGUCUAGCAACUCACCCACAGUUGGAAGGGGAGGGACUGCUCACUAUGCUGCUGGAGAUGCUAACUCUCAAUGGAAUAGGAAUCUUGCAUCUGAUCUUGGAGGCUAUGCAGGUAGUUCUAUAAAUGCAUCUAGAGGGUUCCCAAAUUUUCCUAAUGUUGGCUCUGUAGGUCAAUUUGGAGAAAGUUCAUCACAUAUGGCUUCUCAAGGACCAUAUACAAGUGCUCCAUACUUCACACCUAAGCAAUAUCACCAACUUCUUCACCUCCUUGAUCAGGGCAAUGAAAGUAAUGGUACAACUCUUUCGGCAUCAGGAUCUCUACAGUGGACAGGUGAGAGGGAUUGGUCAACAUGAUCAAGGUCUAUAUGUGAUGAAUUUCCUGCAAUUUUUUGAAGCAAGCUGCUGAGAAUAAAAGUCUCCAUAAGACCAGUUGUUGUUCUUUUCUAGUUAGAAAGCAGAAAAAUAGCAUAGGCCUAGCUUUAUGGCAUAAAAGACUAGGGCAUGUGCCUAUACACACAUUAAAGAAGCUGAAAUACUUUGAUAAAGUUUGUAUUACUGAUUCUGAUACUGAUCAUUGUAUUGUAUGCCCUUUGGCUAAGCAAUCCAGACUUCCUUUUCCUCUUAGUUCUACUUUGUCUGAUGCCUGCUUUAUACUCAUUCAUGGUGAUGUAUGGGGUCCCUACAGAGUCCCCACUCAUGAUGGUAAAAAGUACUUCCUUACACUAGUUAAUGAUCACUCCAGGUAUACCUGGUUAUUUCUUCUCACCUCCAAAGCUGAAGUCAUAGUAGCUCUCACAAAUUUCAUGUUGAUGAUUAAGAAUGUGUAUUCUACAUCUGUUAAAUUCUUCAGAACUGAUAAUGGGUGUGAGUUUUUUAAUUCCCAAGUCUCAAAUUUGUUAAAUACUCUUG